ACAGGUUUGAGGUGAGGUGAAGAGUAGUUUAGGUUUUAUAUGUAGUCUGGAUUUCGUCGCAGAGUUUCUGAGCCCAGCCGAUACAUCCCGCCGGUUCGCCGGCGACGCUAUACUCCUGCUUUCGAGACAUCGGAUUUCUCCAGAGCACUUGAAUUCAUCAGUUAUGGAAGCUUCCACUAAUACAUCAUACCAGCCUCCGGCAGUGUUUGUUGAGGACAAAAAGGAUACGCUAAUUGAUCUAGAUUUGACGGACUCAACUGAGCUAUGGCUUAUCCAGUGGCCCAUUAAUGAGCCUCCUGAUUUUGAUGGGCAGCAGGUGUCCCUCAACCAUAAAGGGGAUGGACAUGUCGGCACCUUUGAGGGGUCCUCCGGAAAAUCAUAUGAUGUGGUUAGUUCGAAAUCCCAAGGUCCUGAGGUUAUGGUUUUCUUGACUUCGGCAUCAGAAGCUAAAAUUGCGGGGAAGAUCUCUAGGAGGGUCUCGUUGGUUCAUUACCCGGAGCCAAGUGAGCUUCAAAGGCGCAAGUCCCGAAGCCACGCCCAGCUAUCUUCCAUUGCUACAUCAACGAUUUCUGGUCGGAGUCUGCUUACUCCUGCGCGAAGCAUUAGGGCAAGAGACUCCGAAGCAGGCAACCAUUUUACCACUCCAAAGAGAACUAUUUCAGGGGCUGUGGAACCCUCCAAGAGGAAACAGAACUCGAAUAAGCGGAUUAGAUCGACAGAUCGUUCGGAUUCGGAGAAAGGAAAUAGCGGCAUUACGGAUACUGGAUCGAUGGAGCAUUCUGAGGAAAGGAAGUCAAAGAAGGCAAAGAAGAGUACCGGUUGAACCAUACAAAGAAAUCCUUUAUUUGUUUGCUUAUUUUGGACUUGAACGUGUAUUUGACUUUUGAGGGAAAAAAACAUCCCAGCCCCUCGACCGUUAAUUUUAUUUAAAUUUGAAGUAUCAUAAA